UUUCAUCAUUUCGUGUAAUUCCUCAAAUUUGAAACAUUGAAGCUGAUUUGUUUUGAAAUAAAACACUCGCAUGCUUAUAAGAUUAAAGCUUAUCUAACUUAUAUGUUGUUUAGACAAGAUAAAAAGUAUAUUUCUAGGCCUUUUCUCUGAAGCCAUAGCGGGUUUUAAAAGGCUAUAUUAUGAGUAUACACCCUUAAUGCGACAAGCCCCCAAGCGCAUAAUUAUUAUACGCUAUUCUUAUGUGUAUGGCCGAUGGACUAGAGUGUUGUGGCGGGGCUGAAAAAAUGCGAUUUAUCGAUUCAUCGACCAAAAUGUACGUUUGGGAAUGUCCAAGGAACGAGGGGCAUUGAGCUUAGCUCAUACCGCACUUUGCGGCGUAAUGCCUCUCUGAAAAGAUGUCCUAAUAUGGGUCAGCCUUGGAUGCUCUUACGUGCAGCUGCAAUAUUACUGGUUACAAGACAAACUCUGGCCCUGUCCGACAUUUUUGAAGAGGGAAAAUCCGACAAGGAGAUCCUAGAUAAUCUCUUAAGAGCCACCCGGUAUGACAAAAGGCUACUGCCGCCAGUAAGAGAUGCGGACUUCUGCUGUGGCCUGCGAUCGCCAGAAGAUGCGAAUAAUGAUGACCGAAACAUCCGACUAAGCGGAAAACAGCGGGGUUCUCUUACCGUCAAUGUCAGUGUUCUUUUGCUCAGUCUAGCUUCUCCGGAUGAGUCUAGCUUGAAAUAUGAGGUAGAAUUUCUCCUACAGCAGCAGUGGUACGAUCCGCGGCUGCGAUAUUCGAACCAAAGCGAAUACAAUUACUUAAAUGCAAUUCACCAUCACGACGAUAUCUGGCUACCAGAUACCUACUUCAUAAUGCAUGGAGACUUCAAAGAUCCUCUAAUUCCGGUGCAUUUUAGCUUAAGGAUAUAUCGAAAUGGAAGCGUCAAUUACCUAAUGAGGAGACACUUAAUACUCUCCUGUCAGGGAAGCUUAAACAUAUUUCCAUUUGAUGACCCAAAGUGUACGUUUUCAAUGGAAAGCAUAUCCUACGAGAUCACAUCGAUAAACUACGUGUGGAAAAAUGACGAAGAUGUUCUUAGGAAGUCGCCAAGUCUAACGACGUUGAACGCUUAUCUAAUCAACAAUCAGACUCUUAUAUGCCCUAUUCAGUCGAGUUGGAGGGGGAAUUAUAGCUGUCUGAGGGUACAUUUGAUAUUCACGAGGGAUCGAGCGUUUUAUUUCACCACGGUGUUCAUACCAGGAAUAAUAUUGGUGACGUCGUCCUUUAUUACAUUUUGGCUGGAGUGGAACGCUGUGCCAGCCCGAGUCAUGAUAGGUGUUACUACAAUGCUCAAUUUUUUCACAACUUCAAAUGGAUUUCGUUCGACACUUCCCGUUGUCUCCAACCUGACUGCCAUGAAUGUAUGGGACGGGGUGUGUAUGUGCUUCAUAUAUGCUUCGCUUCUGGAAUUUGUAUGUGUAAACUACGUGGGUCGAAAGAGACCUUUACACAACGUCGUUUAUCGUCCAGGAGAAAACCCAUUCACUCAGCGUUUGCCGGCUGUGCUGAGCAGGAUAGGCAUAAUACUAGCCAGCCCAUUGGAGACCGCUCAACAAGAAUAUUAUUCUGCUUUCUGUGAAAGUCCUACAUUUAGUCAACGCAUAAGUGAUAAGAAAAGUGAAUCAACCACAGUCGCAAACGAAAUCGGUACUUGCAGCAAUUGUGGACCAAAUCCGUGUACUCACACAAAUAAUGGAUGUCCAACAGCUGAGGCGCCUGGUAUGCAGGUGAGGAAAAAAGAGCCGCCGCAUCCAAUUAGAGUAGCAAAGACUAUAGACGUCAUAGCAAGAAUUACGUUUCCUACAGCAUUCGCAGUUUUUCUUAUCUUCUUUUUUUACCACUACAAGAGCUUCACCAACGCACAUGAGUAAAGCUGCUGGAUUGAAACAGAGAAAACUGGAAAGUAUACGUACGCAAUCAACUUUAAAUUACUAACUGAUAUAGUCUGAGUAAAAUAUUUGGGCAACUUUAAUAAAAGUGACUUGAAAGGUACAUAUCAAGCGCCACAUAAGUGGACUUGUUGA